AAGAAAAGUGAAAUACAAAUUAAAGUUCUCUUCUGGUAAUUAAACCUAGAAUUGGGAGGCGAUCGAGGAUGGCUGGUUAUUCUUCUUCAACAGAAAAUAGAAGUCUCUUUAGCCCUUGUGCUGCGUGCAAAUUUCUCCGCCGACGAUGCCUCGAGAAUUGCCUGUUAAAACCUUACUUUCCGCCAACUGAGCCGCUGCAAUUCGUCGUUGCUCAUAAAAUCUUUGGAGCCAGCAACAUUAUCAAGUUGCUGCAGGAACUUCCGGUAACGCAACGAGCAGAUGCAGUUAACAGCCUUAUUUAUGAAGCGAAUGCAAGGAUGAGAGAUCCAAUUUAUGGGAGUGCUGGUGUAAUUUCCAAUCUUCAUGACCAAAUGAUUAAGCUCCAAGCACAAGUUGCUUUGGCACAAGCAGAGAUCUCUAAUUUAAAAUCACAAAAUGCCAAUUUGAUGACUUUAAUCCACAAACAAAAUUCAUCACCAGAUCCAUUUCUGGAUUCAACCCUUUUCCCAUAUGAUGAUGAUAAUAAUAAUUGCUAUCUUGGUGAGACAACUUGGGAAUCUUUCUGGUCAUGACAAUAACACAUUAUUAUUUCCUGUAAUUACACCCUUAUAAUAGUAUUAUUAUUUUAGUUGGGGAAAAAUGGC